UUCUGGUUUUAGAUCCGCCAUGACACAACUGUGCGGUAAAGCCACUGAGUUGAUCAAAGAGUUAAAGCGCAGUGAAAACAAUGACAACAUUCCUGCGUACAACGAAAAUCUAGCGAAAGAAAUUUUAACCGAAACUGAAUGGUGGUAUGAAACGAACAGACGAGAUGUAUCACGAAUGUACAAUGAAGACGAAGGCAACCGAGGUCUGUUUGCCGGAAUCCAACUCAGACAUACGUGUCUGAGUCGAAACAAGAGGUGUCUGCUGGCGUAUCACUAUCAGAGAUUACGUAAGAUCCAGUCCAUGCGUUGGAACCUUGGAAUCGCUUUGCCAACCGAAGCUAGAUAUAAUUUGUCAGAAUCGGAGAAAAAGUUUUUCACAGAUUACAGUCGUAUUUUGAGUGAAUAUAUGGAAUCGAUUGGCGAUCAAGUCAAUGAAGGCAGUUUUGGUGGGUGUGUCGUUGAUUUGCAACGUGACACGAAACCUCCGAAGCAGUUGUUAGUCAGAGUAAGGUGUGUUGAAGAUAUAGAUGCGAAUGACUCUGACAACGCGGCUGCAGCUGGUUUGAUCGGAAGGCAGUGGGAGCGAGGGGAUGGGUGUGUGAAUGUUUUGGGAACGAAAGGGACUGAGUUGCUGGUUCCUCUGGCAGAAGCAGAACCACUGAUAAAGAUGGGAGUACUGGAAGUAUGUCCGGACUAACUUAGAUGGACUCAUCGAACAUGUAGACUGUUUUUUGACUGAAAUUCUCCGUAUUUGCCUGCUAUGUUUGAUGCCUAUUGUUUUAGUUUUAUUGAGUUAAGUUUUUGAUGUGUAUAA